AUUUAAAAGCGACGCUUUUCUCUUCAGACCAAACGAAUUCUCCGUCGUAAAUGGGUUGCUCUCAAUCUAAGGUGAAGAAAAUCCGAAGCAUCAAACGCGAUGACCCGGUGACACUCGCUGCAGAAACAGCUUUUAGUGUUAGUGAAGUCGAAGCACUCUUUGAGCUAUACAAGAUUAUCAGCAGUUCGUUGGUUGACGAUGGGCUUAUUAGCAAGGAGGAGUUUCAGUUAGCUCUGCUUCAAAACAACAAGAAAAACAUUUUUGCAGACAGGAUCUUUGAUUUAUUCGAUGCUGAUAAGAAGGGAGUCAUUGAUUUUUCGGACUUCGUUCGAGCACUCAACGUCUUCCAUCCGAACACACCACGGGAGGAAAAAGUGACCUUCGCAUUUAAACUUUACGACAGCGAAGGAACUGGUUUUAUCGAGCGCUACGAGGUCAAGCAAAUGUUGACUGCGCUUCUAAGUGACUGUGAAAUGAAGCUAUCUGAUGAAGUCAUCGAGGAGAUUCUCGAUAAGACGUUCAUGGAUGCCGACACUGAUGGGGACGGAAAGAUAGACAUAAACGAAUGGAAGACCUUGGCAUACCGAAACCGAUCGUUGUUGAAAGUCAUGACCCUCCCGUACUUGAGGGACAUAACGACGGCGUUUCCGAGCUUCGUUUUCAACACCGAAGUAGACGAGGUUUCGCCGUGGACGGAGAAAACGUGCUUGGGUUAGGAAGAAAUGCCUGGAAUACUUCUACAAGGGUAGCAGGUAAAAAUAUCAUAGGUGUACAGGGUCAGCAAAAUAACCCGUCCUUGGGUUCUAACCCUAUCCUAUAGGAUUCUUUUACUUUUUUUUUUUUUGAAA